GUGCGGGCCCUGGUGGGCGACCUCGACGCUCUCUUCGCCGCCCUGGGGCUGCGGGAGGAGAGCUUCGCCGUGGGGGCCCUCAGCAGGGUCGUCGCCGCUGAGCUGGCAAGCUACGCCCCGGCCAGGAACAGGAGGAGGGUGGCCACCAACAAGGCCUCUGUCGUCUUCGUGGACAGGACGUUGGACCUUGCUGGAGCAGUUGGUCAUCAUGGUGACAGUCUUGCAGAGAAGAUACUUUCUGUGCUUCCCAAGCUUCCCGGCCACAAGACCGAUGUGAUGGUUAACAUGGUGGAACUUACGGCACUGCAGACUACAGAUGAAACUUGCAAUAUUAUAGCACCUGGCUGCUUAGCACAACCAAAUGAUCCAGCUGCCAAAGCUCUCUGGGAGUCCUUCAUGAACCUCAAACAAAAGGAAGCUGUGAUGGAGGCCAGGAGACACCUUGUGGAGGCUGCGAGCAGAGAAAAUUUACCUAUUAAGAUGAGCAUGGGCAGAGUCACCCCAGAACAGCUCAGCUCAUACAUUCAGCUUUUCAGAAAUAAUCUCAAAGCUUUGGAGAACCAUUGUGGUCUUCUACAGCUUGUGCUCGCCACAGUCCAGACUUUGAAACAUCCCCAGACUUCCAAAUGGGACAACUUCCUUGCCUUUGAGAGAUUACUUCUGCAGACUAUUGGCGAGACAGAAAUGCCCAGUGUUUUGAACCAGUUAUUGCCAAUGAUCAAGUCUUACAAUGAGAGGAUGAAAGAUGAUUAUACCUGCGAGGACUUCCUCGUCUUGCUGGUAUACAUGUAUUCUGUGGUUGGAGAAAUCAAAAGUGGAAAAGAGCUGGACACAGCUGAAGAAGAGGUGAAAAAGGCCCUAGUCAAGGCCAUUUGUGAUGAGCCACAGCCAUCUCCUGUGCUGCAGAAAAUAACAGGCUGUGACUCAUCGUUGAACCUGACAUCUCAGAAAGCCACAGAUGCAGUGGACGAUAUCUUUCAGUACCUCAGGGAUAUUGCCAGAGCUCGAAUGCACAUGAAACAGUUUAAUUCUAUACAUAAUCCAGGCAGCAACACCCACCAGGCUUCUUACAAACCGCUGCUGAAACAGGUAGUGGAAGAGAUCUGUAAUCCUGAUCGACCCGAUCCUGUUGAUAUUGAGCACAUGUCAUCAGGCCUCACCGAUCUCCUUAAAACUGGAUUCAGCAUGUUCAUGAAGGUGAAUCGCCCUCACCCUGGUGAUCAUCCUCUUCUGAUCAUCUUUAUGGUUGGUGGAGUGACAGUCUCCGAGGUCAAAAUGGUGAAGGAUCUGGUAGCAACACGCAAACCUGGUACCCAGGUAAUCGUGCUCUCCUCUGCACUCCUGACACCAUGUAGUGCUAUUGAGUUGUUGUUUGCCACAGACCGUCUCCAGCCUGACACCGAUAUCUGA